AUGGCUACGCAAAGAUCCCCACCGCCCAUAAACAGAGUACAAAGCAAUGAGCCACGCAACUUAGCACUCCCACAAAUUGGUGACUCCUUAAGUCGAGCGCAUUCGGAUCCUAGUCUUAAUGUUACACAGCGCGGCAAUAACAAGCGCGUGCGCCGGGACAGUAAUGAUAAACCUAUCGAGUCGACUGAGGAUAGUACCUCGCUCAAAGCUUUGAUUGCGGCUCAAAACACGAAGCUGGAAACUAUUAUUAACUCAAUUAAAGAUUUGCAAGGCCAAAUGGGUGUCGUACAAAACUCAGUGGAGUUCAUGUCGAGCAAAUACGACGAGUUGCUGGGUCGUUGCGACGUCCUAGAGGAAGAGCGUAGGGCGGAUAAGGCCUAUAUUAAACAACUUGAAGGAAGAAUUGAGAACCUUGAUAGAACUGGUAAAAUGACGUGUAUAGAAAUAAAAUAUAUACCAGCCAGAAAUAGAGAAACAAGGUCUGAUUUGUGUGACUUGGUACAGUCAAUCUGCAACGCCAUUUGUGUUCCUUUGAAUAAAGAGGAUAUAAAGAAUAUUUAUAGACAGGGUACAAAUAAACAAAUUGUUGCCGAGUUUAUAACAGUGACCAAAAGACAGGAUAUUUUGGCCGCGGUAAAGAAGUUUAACCGAACUGAUACUGACAAGAAACUGAAUACGUCACACAUCAGCAUGGAAGGUCCACCACAGCCAAUUUAUAUAGCAGAAUUAUUAACGUUUAAAAACAAGAAGCUGUACGCGAUGGCAAGGGACUCAGCCAGAAUGCAUAAAUAUAAGUUCUGCUGGAUUGCACAGGGUUCAGUCUUUAUGCGCAAAAUGGAGGGAUCUCCGGCGAUCCGCAUUAACGAAGAGAGUGAUUUUGGCCUCAUACAAAAGUGA